CUUUACUUUUCCGCAUCUGUCUGUGGUUGCCCCCUCGCUAUCUUUAGACAUGUUUCCCUCAGUUUCUCUUGUUUGACAUUUCAUGUAGCUGCCUGUCAGUGGGACGGACUGCUGUGUUGCAUGUUUAAUAUUCCUUCUGCCGAACAGCGUCACUUUUCAUUCAGGAACAAGCGGAAGAAGCAAGCUAGCCUCUCGGAGGUAGCUAACAGCUGCUUAGCUUUCAGGUGUCGCUGUGAGGCUAGCAACCUGACUCAAAGCUUCUAUGAGCUACGUCUGUCUGCCACGAUCAGAGGAUGUAUCCGCCUUCCAGAAAGGACUUCAUCUCUCUGACCCUCAGUGAUGCUCACAGUCACACGUACAACAACGGCAAACACCGGAGACAGUCCUGCUUGAGGAAAUGGAAGCAGCUGUCUCGGCUGCAGCGAAGCCUGGUCCUGUUGCUGCUGGCUCUGAUCCUCAUAUUUGGACUGCUCUCCUAUCCAAGCAUCACACAGGAGUGGAAAAGUUUUUCUGACCGGGACGAGUGGCUGGAGCUCAACGACAGAGAGGUGAAGGAUGAACUUCCAGAUGUGCAGUCUGUAUUGGAUCUACCUGCAGAUAAAGUCCCGCCUCCUGCGGCAGGGCCACAUGUGGGGCCAGCUGUGGAUCCUGAUCCUGCUGUGGUGGAGCCCAAAGCACCAAACAUACCUAUUUUUCCUAAACCUCCCAUUAAGAACUUCCCAAACAAAAGAGGGCCGCCCAGCAUGCGCAAAGAUGGAAAUAUUUCAGACACAGUCGGUGAGAAAAAGCAAGUGCAGGAGGUGGUUCAAGAAGAAGAAGGAGAGCAGGACAAAGAGAAGAUUGUCAGCUGGAGAGGAGCAAUGAUCGAAGCCGACCAGGCCACUGAGCCUCCACCAUCAGCAAAUGGGAAAGAAGCUGCGGGACCCCCAGCCCCAGCCGACCCAGCAGCCCCUGCAGAGCCUCUCCCAUUGGAUGAUGCAGCUAGAACUGUGGCCAGACUGGAGGCAGUGCGUGAUGCUUUCAGGCACGCUUGGAAAGGCUAUAAGGACUACGCCUGGGGUCACGAUGAGCUCAAGCCCAUCUCCAGGUCUUUCGGCGAGUGGUUCGGACUGGGUUUGACAAUCAUCGAUUCUUUGGACACCAUGUGGAUUUUGGGCCUAAGAGAAGAGUUUGCAGAAGCGAGGAACUGGGUGGAGAAAGAGCUCUCCUUCGACAAGAGCGUGGAUGUGAAUCUUUUUGAGACGACCAUCCGGGUCCUCGGGGGCCUGCUGAGUACCUACAAUCUGACAGGAGACCCACUCUUCCUCGACAAAGCUAAAGAUAUCGGGUCCCGGUUAAUGCCUGCCUUCAAAACCCCCUCAAAGAUCCCGUUCUCGGACGUCAACAUUGGGAAGGGGACAGCCCACCCCCCUCGAUGGACGUCAGACAGCACUCUGGCCGAGGUCACAAGCAUUCAGCUGGAGUUCAGAGAGCUGAGCCGCCUCACACAGGACCCGCAGUACCAGGAGGUUGUGAAUGAGGUGAUGAGGCUGGUCCACAAGCUGCCGGGCAAACACGACGGCCUGGUGCCCAUGUUCAUCAACACCAACAGCGGACAGUUCACCCACAAAGGGGUAUUCACCCUGGGGGCUAGGGCUGACAGCUACUAUGAAUACCUGCUCAAACAGUGGAUCCAGGGAGGAAAGACAGAAGACGACCUGCUGGAGGACUACCUUCAGGCCGUGGAAGGAGUGAAGAAACACCUUGUGAGACAGACUGGGCCCAGCAAACUGACCUUUAUUGGAGAGUUGUCCCAUACCCGAUUCAACCCUAAAAUGGACCACCUCGUGUGCUUCCUGCCAGGCACCUUAGCACUGGGGGCCCACAACGGCCUCCCGGGGGACCACAUGGAUCUGGCUGUGCAGCUGAUGGAGACGUGUCAUCAGAUGUACAAACAGAUGGAGACGGGGCUGAGCCCGGAGAUCGCUCACUUCAACCUGCAGGCCACGGACGGUCAGGAUGUCUUUGUCAAGCCUGCAGACAGACACAACCUGCUGAGACCAGAGACAGUGGAGAGUCUGUUCUACAUGUACAGAUUCACCAAGGACACCAAGUACAGAGACUGGGGCUGGGACAUCCUGCAGAGCUUCAACAACCACACCAAGGUCCCCGGGGGAGGCUAUACGUCCAUCAACAAUGUGCGUGACAUCGAAAACCCCGGGCCCCGAGACAAGAUGGAGAGCUUCUUCCUGGGUGAGACGCUGAAGUACCUGUAUCUGCUCUUCUCUGACAACAUGGAGCUGCUCAAUCUAGACAAGUAUGUCUUCAACACGGAGGCCCACGCUUUCCCCAUUUGGCCCUCCCCACCUAAGUGAUGUCAUGGUACAGGAAAGCUCUGCAGAGAUCAGGUGAAAAGGGUCCUGUAGGAAGCACUGCUGGUUGGUCAGGGCUGGACUGCAGGGUUGAGCAGACCUGUGACCACCUGCACCAACACCAUGUGGAGGAGUUUAGUUUUUCUUAAUUUUUCCUAAGGAAAACUUCCGUUAGAGCUGGUCUCUAAUGUACAAGGUUUUUUUUCUAAUCUGCUCCGACCUACUGGCUCCAACAGGUCAUGAGCAAGAAGAUAAACGGGAGCUUCACUACCAGGGUGACUGGGACAGUUCUGUAUAUAUGUUGUAAUGAACACCACCUCAUCCCUGAGUUUGUCGUUGUGUUUUGUUACCCCUUCACAGUCCGGCAUUGUUGCUGUGAAGGAAUUCAAAAAUGACUAAAGGUGCAGUAACCGAUAAUGGAAAUAUAUGGAGUACUACAAUCAUAUCUAAAUGGAUUCCUCAUGUGACGGAGUCACAGAUCAUCUCUAAAGGUCUUUACUUUGGCAACACCGAGUGCACUUGCUUAUUGCAAAAAUGAUAUAAAAGCAGUUUUACAUUUGAAUACUUAGUGAGACGUACACUAUGUCCUCUUUGUUGUGCUAUCCUGAGUGUUUCUGAGCAGUUGGCAGCUACAGCGCAGCGUCCAGGGGCCAAUAUAAGUUCUGAGGCCUGCUGAGAAGCAAAUGCAGCUCUGUGUUCCUCAAACCUUUCAUACACGCUUUAUUUCAUUAAAGACUUUAUGAAGCUUUGGUAAGUGUAUGGCAAGUACACUCGCUAUAAAUCAGUCGUUUGUGGUUUGGGUUUGAAUGUUACUCAAACCUGACUUUUUUUUAUUGGUUUUCUGAUUAUUUUAGCUUUCAGUUUUGAGCUCAGUGCUUUCUCACUUUUUUUCCAGGGUUUUUAUUUAAUUCAUUGCAUUUAUCAUUAAUUAAAGGCAAAGUUCUGUAUUUUUCAAACUGGACUGUUCAUAGGUUUUAGUGUCUAAGGGACUGAUGUGGAAAACAUUUUCUGAAAUUGGUCUGGUAUUCAGAUAGAGCGCUACCUUUUGAUAUUCUUAUCCGUAUUUCUGCACUGUCACUGUACAUAGUCAACUAAAAGUGCUCGCCUUUAUAGCUGACAGGCUCUGCGUUCAUUAUAAGUGUCUGACAAAGUGUUGCAAAGCACCCUGCGGAGGAAUCAGAGGGUCCUCUUCACCUGUCUCCUGAUCCACUGUUUGUCAUUGAGUCUUACCGAGUCUCGACCGCUGACUUGCUGCUGUUAUAGAGAGUUGGAGAAUGGAAUUUCAGUGUUGUUUGCAGUACAGAAAUCAUGCUUAUUGCUCUCUAAAAAUAGUUUUGAUUACAUGGCUGAUUAUCUUAACAAUAACAAACAGUCCCAAUUAGCUGAAAAAAGUUCUUGACAUAUUGAUGAUGUCAGACACCUUUUUUAGCCUUCAGUGUCAAAAACAAGCACUCUUAGUGGAUGGACCAAUAGGAUUACAGUGCAGCAUCUCGCUUAAUACUGGACCAAUUCAAAGAAAAACUAGACCGUAGACACACACUUUUUUUCUCAAAUGCAAAGUUGUUUAAUUUCUGAUGUUUUUAUUUUGUGUGUCAGCGACAGAGAAGUCAGUGACCUAAAAGUGAGACGCUAAAAGUACCCUGAAAAGAGGUCUAUGGAAAUAGUGGUUCUGAGCUGGGCCUCUACACAUAAUGACGUGUUGUUUUAUUAAUGAAUGUAUGCAUUGUUAUUUAAAUGUUACAUUUGGUCAUAGAGGAGCCCUUGUGAAUAAGUAAAUGCACUCUAGCUCUACAGAUAAGGCUGCAUCUGGGUUUUGAAUACAUCAUUAUUCACACUUAUAUGAAGGAGGAUACAUGAAGGCAUCCAUGUUCUAGUUUUUUAUGAAGUCAGAAGGAAAUAAACCAACGUAUAGUAACGUUUCCUGUGUCAGGGACAUUAUGCCCACAGCCGUUCAUGUAUCAUGUUUAUACAAAUGACUUGAGAAAUGACAGAUUGUCCAAUUGUUUUCUUCAUACUUGACGGAGCUUGAUUCAGGCUGUGUAGCAAUCCCUGACUUCCCGUCAAAUGUGAUGUAAGAGCAGCGCUUGUUUUCUAUACUGUCACAAUGAAAAUCAAUUUGAAGGACACACCCGGUGAACUGUAAGAGCUGCUCUCAAGAUGGCUGAACACACAUUAGAAGGGUCCGUGUCUCGGAUCUUCUUCUGCGGUUUAAAGCGGUUAAGAAGUUUGUGAACCUGCUUCUGUCCGACAGAGAGCCAUACCCCCAACAUUGAAUGUGCACUACAUUAGCCGACGCUCUGCUGUGCCUACCUAAAUGUUAAUUGUGCUACAGCGGUGUGUCUGUUUGUUUCCUUGCUGCUGUAUCAGUGGUGUGUAUUGGUGAAGUGCACAUGGUUUAUAUUUUUAAUUUGAAUGGGUGGUUCACUAAACAUUGGGUGUAAAUACUUUCUGUAAAUCAUUUAGAACGUGUGUACUGAACCCUUAUACGUCAUCAUGUCAAAGAAAUCGGUUUGAAGUUGUUUUUUCUUUCUGCACUUUUGAAUGGGUUAAUUAUAUGGCAGUCUAUCAAUGUGUCAAAGCCAUAUUAACAUUUAUGGAAACUGUCUGAUCACUUUAAGUGUCUUUUUUUGCUCCACAGGGAAAAGGCUGUGGAAAUGUGUAUACUUUUCAAAUUCUUCCUAGAUGUGAGAAGAAAAUCUGUACUAAAAAUGGAAGUGGAAUAAUUCACAAUAUUCCGUGGUUUAUCAAAGCAAUUUUAUUGAGAGAUUUACAUAUAUUACAUUAAUUCAGAUAUUUUUCAACUGUCAUGAGGCCCUACAGUAUAUCUAAUGUAGUGUAAAUGGUUUGUGUCGCUUUAAGGAGUAAACUCCAAAUCUUUAAGUGGCUAGAGAUAGCGUUGCUAGUACGUAUUUGAGUCUCACACACGUGGGUAAACAAGCCAACCUCAAACACUCUUUGGAAGUCAGCCAUACCUCUUAAACCAAUUUGAAUUUGGUGAGAGUGUACAAUUCACAAUAGCAUUUUACAGAACAGUAGUCUGGCAGAAACCUUUUCUACGUAAGGAUGGCGGUACAUCGAUGUUUCUUAUUGCCCUCAAAGAUAAAAAGGAAACGUUAUGUUGGUCAGAAUCCAAGUACUCUGACUUCCUCAUCCUGUUCGAUCCACCCCAAGACCAUUGGUUCCUAAUGACGGUGUAAAUCAUCAAACAACAGCUAUAGUUCAGAUAUUUUACAGCUCAGUCAUUUGUUUUAAACUGCUAGUUAAUCUAUUUACAAAUAACUUAAACAAGAAGAAAUAUUCUGAGUUUUUGGGCUCUAUUUUUUGUGGAGGAUUUGAUUUCCGUUAGUAGUAACAUCAGCAGGAGCGUGUGUGGGAUUUACUUAUGAUAAACCACUGUUUGUGAUGUGCGUUUGUCUUGAAAAUGAAGGAACUUGUCACCUUGUUAGAAAGUGUGGCUCAGUCAUGUGAUUUUUAAUUGUUUGUUGGACAACCAUAGCUCCGUUUUGGGCUUGAAUUCUAUUUGUUUUUUGUAUGAUUUAAUUGAGAAAGCAUCAUAAACCUAAAGGGUUGUUAUAGAUCCUGACUCCACCGAGGGAUCGGUGGAGUCAGAACACAGGAAUGAUCAGAUAAAAAGCUGCUUUACUCGUGAAUGUCAGGGUUUUCACUUUGUUAAAUACUCUGCUCUCGAUAUUCGCUUGCCUCUCUUUUCAUUGGAACACAUCCGCCUUUAUGACAGGUAUUCAUGAUCACUGUUUUGUGUUACGAGGCUGAUGGUACCAGAAAGGAUAAAAGAAAUGGCUCACUUAGCUCCACAGGGAGAAAUCCAACAGAAGCUAUUUAAUUCACUUUGCUUUCUAUUUCAUGUUCUUAUUAUUAUUGCACGGAUGAUUCUUUCACUUUAAGGAAAUUGGGUUGUCUAGGCCCUUUUCAAUAUGGCAGUGGUAAAUUGAUUCUUGAGGUUGAAUUGCCAAUUCUUUUCUAAAAUGUGAAGGUUUUCUAAAACACGAGGAGAAACUUUUGAAGCUUCUUUCUGGAAAAUGAUGUAAUUAUUACUGAAUGAAAGCCAUAGCAAAAUGACAACUCUACUGUUCUCCAGGGGGGGUGGGUGACAGAACAGCAGCAUGGUGUAUCAGUUUUAGCCACAGGGGCCAAAGACCUGGAUCGGUAUGGUUGUUGCUGGUUCAAUACAUUCAUUGAGCCAUGCUAAAAAUAAAACACUUCUCUUCAUGAUGGUGGGUCCAAUUUGUUGGCCUGCAAGUGGAUAAGUCAUCUGCGAAAUUCAUUCUAAUUUAGGUAGGUUUUAAUAUCGGUGUUAUUUUGUUUUCAGAGUGGAUACUGUUUUGGCUGUUUCUCAUUAUGGUGAGGCUUUUAAUAGUUCCUGUCUUUUUUCUGUCCUGUGUAAAAUCCAUGUUCACUGUACAGAUGUCCGAUGGAGCACUUUGUAACUCAAGUUGUGGCUUAUUGCAAAGUUCACCAAAUUCAAACUCAAUUCAAGUCCUGCUGACCCAAAUUUUUGAAUAAAGAUUUUCAACGAAG